AUGAAUGAUAACGGGAAAGUCAUUAGUAGAGUUUAUAAAGUAGAUUAUGCAUAGACAAGCUAUUAGGAGUGUCCUAUUUGCAAAAAAGCAAUAUAAAAAUCUGAUUUUAAUAUUAUAAACGAAGAGAUAGUUUAAUAUCCUGUUAGUGCUGUAACACUGAAAAAGUAUUUCCAUUUUUAGUGUUAUAGCUUUAACUAGUUUAUGACUUGCGAUAAUAAAAGUCAAUAAAUUGAAUUAGCUGAGGGUUAUUAAAAGCUUUAGUAAUAAGACUAGGAGCGCUUUUACUCUUUGAUUAGCAGUUAUAAAUCUAAAUUAAAUAGUAAUGUAGUACAAAAAGUUUUUAAAAAUGUAUCUCAUGAAAGCGCAUAAAAUUAAAAAACUUUGAAUUAAUUCAAAACAGUUAAAAAUGGAUAAUAAGGAUUGAUAUUUAGGGAUUUAAAAGGAGACAGCAAAUAAGCUCAAUUAAAUUCUAAUCUUAAAACUCAAUCAAAUCUUUAGAGUUUUACAAAUCAAAAAUAAGAAAAACUAUACUCAAGCUCUAAUUGCAAUAAAAAUUUUAUUCACAUCUCUAGUGUACCUGAGAAUCCUAUGAAAUAGUAGAUUUUAGCUUUUAAGCCAACCAAGAUAGAUAAUUAAAAUAAGCAAAAAGCACCUACCCCUGACAAAGGCAAAAUAAAUAUAAAAAAAGAAACGAAAGCUCUUUAAUAAAAAAUGGAAUAUUUUAAGUUUGAUAAAAACUCAAUAAAAACAAAUAAUUAAAAAAAUAAAAUAGUCUAAGAUCAAAAAUAAUAAGCAGAAUAAUAUUCAUCAUCAUCAUCAUCAGAAGAAGAAGAAGAAUAUUUUGUUCCUUAAAGUUUAAAUAUUAAGAGGACUUACAAAACACUUAUUAAUGAAGACGAAGAUGAUGAUUCUGAAACAAAUAAUUCAAAUAGCGAAACAAAAAUAGACUCUACUUCUUAAAAAUUAGCAUAAUACGUUUACUAAAAAGAUGCAAAAAAAGAUAAUAUUAACAAAAUUACAGCUAAAAGUUAUCGACACUGGGACUUCCCAAGCGGUCCCCCACCUUAGUACUAACCCAGCCUUAAGGCGCUUAACUUCGGAGUUCGAAUGGGAUCCGGUGUUUUCACCUUAGUUAUCGACACUGGGACUUCCCAAGCGGUCCCCCACCUUAGUACUAACCCAGCCUUAAGGCGCUUAACUUCGGAGUUCGAAUGGGAUCCGGUGUUUUCACCUUAGUUCAAUAAAAAUAUGUUUUUAAAAAAAGGUUAUCGACACUGGGACUUCCCAAGCGGUCCCCCACCUUAGUACUAACCCAGCCUUAAGGCGCUUAACUUCGGAGUUCGAAUGGGAUCCGGUGUUUUCACCUUAGUUAUCGACACUGGGACUUCCCAAGCGGUCCCCCACCUUAGUACUAACCCAGCCUUAAGGCGCUUAACUUCGGAGUUCGAAUGGGAUCCGGUGUUUUCACCUUAGUAUGGCCGAUAACAAAAUACAGUAAUUAAUUUGCCAAAAAAGGGACCUGCCGGGAUUGAACCGGCGACCUAAGGAUUUGCAGUCCUCCGCUCUGCCACUGAGCUAAAGCCCCGUUUCUGA